AUUUAUCGAAGGUGGCGCUUCAUUUCUUUUAUUAUUUGAAAAAAAUGGAUCGCACAAUUAUUGCUCCUUACCGGGCCGAAGAAAAAGAGCUUUCCUUAAUAUUAUACAACAAACUCCAAGGAUUGGCGCAGCUGCAUCCACCUACCGAGGAUUUAAAAAAAUGCUUAUCCGACGAAAUGUUUGUCAAGCCCAAUCAACAGGCAUUCUUCCAAGUCAUGCACUACUUGUUUCGCCUACUCGAUCCCAAUGAAUUUAGGAAACGGUUUUAUUGGCCCAUCACCGACAAAAGAUCGGAGUCGAAUUUUCGUACCAGCACCGUGGAAUAUUUGAAGUAUUUGAACGAGAAACAUCAAUUGAAUUGGACACACAUCAAGUCCUAUCUGGUGGUAAUGCCCGGCGGCAUGAAAUUCAUAUGUUUCCUUUUGGACUUUGUCCAUUUUAUUGUACAGGAGUUGAUAAAGCAAAAGGAGAAGCAAUUGAAUGUUGAUUCGACACAAUAUCGAGAGCUGGUUACAGAUGAGAAUUUACAGAAAAUGUGUAAACAAGACACCCUGGCCAAGGAGAUGGCAUCCGAAUUUCUUGCCAGCAUUGACGUGAUCAACAAACGUUACAUGGAAAAGGUUCAAUUGCUGAGUCAAUAUUUGGAGGAACUUGCUGGGGAGACAGAUUUAAAUGUGGACACUUUAAUCGAUGAUAGAUUUCUCAUUGACUUUGAGGAUAGCAAUGCGGCACUGUUUGAGAAGCGUUUCGUUGUCCGAACCCAAAAUAUUUUGGAGAUGGAGCAACAUGUUGUGGCGCUAAAGGAGAGCAUGGAUAGAUUCUAUUCCAAGGAAAGUGGUUUUAAAUAUGAGCCGCAAAAAGUUCGCCAACAACUGAGGAGUAUACGUGACAAUUUCGCAUUGGAGAAUUUGAGUGAAGCUUCUAUACUUUGCGAUGAUAGUGUCAACAUCAAUACCUUGAUCAAAGCAUUUAAUAGUAUCAAUGAGACUGUACAGAAUGAGUUAUCCGCAGCCGACAAACGUCCUCGAGCUGGAAUUGUUAAAACCCGGUUAUCCGAAGUUGAAAAAGAUCUAAGACAAAUCGAAAGUCAAAUUACCGACUUUUUAAUGGUAAUUAAGUCCCGUAGAAAGAAACGCAAUGAUGAUAUACCACGUACACCGGUGCGACAUAGUGUUGCCCAUGCCAGUGGAGGUACACAAUUUGGCAGUGCUAGACGUAACUUGGAGAAUAACUUAUUGUUGAAAUACGUAUCUACUCCACCGAUAAAAUUUGAAAUGUCCGAGGGACAACAUGGGCCUUCCCGGUUGUCUUUAAUCGAUUCCAAAUCCAAUGCAAACGCAAAUGUCAGUACAUUUAAUAGCUUCCUAGCUCCACCAAGAACAAUACGCCAACCAAGACUUAAUUGCAGCCUAGCGGAUCAAUCAAAUGUGGAUUUAAAUUCGUCUAUGAAUCGUUCAAAAUUAAUAGAUCCCAUGCAAUUGUUAAGAUCCAUUAACAAGGAUAGUUCAAAAGUUGUGACCACACCGAAAUCAAACAUAUCCGGAUUGGGUAGCCGGUGGAAAGAAAGACAAUCAUUGCUUGCUGACAGAGAUGAUGAAAUUCCAACAAUAAUUGUUACAGAUUCUCCCAAUGGCUUUAAAACGCCUUGUACCAGCAAGGCGGAUUCCACUACUAUUGCUCGACGUCAAUCUCUAUUUUCCGAUAUGGCAGAUAUUUCAACCACUUCUACGGUAACCAAAAAAUCAUCAUCUUUUGCUACCAGCAGUGGUUCACCCACAAUGGUACAGUCACCAUUCACGCCAUUCAAUUCGAAUGAACGUACACGCAUUGCACGAACUUCUGGCCAUAUAUGGGAUAACAAUUCCUAUACCACAAGUGGCAAUAGUUCAUCAUCUACUUCGUGGUCUGGUAUGAAGAAAAUAGGAGCAUUGAAGAAGGUGCAGGAUGCCUCAAUGAAUUUUGCCAAUCUUAGCACUAGCCCAUCGGGACGUUUGGAACCAUUGGUUACCGCACAGGAUUUCAAUAUUCCAAAACUUCAAUUAAACGAUAACUCCAUGAUUGAUCACAAUGUCAGCUGCAAUAAUAACUCAUUAAUUGGUGAACAUUCAAAUGACGAUAACUGUUCGCAGCGCUCGCCGUUCACAAUGUUAUUGAAUAAGGAGGAUGAAAAUGAUGUCUUGGAUGCAUGCAAAAAUUCACCCAACCCUGAAGGUCUUCUGCAGGAUGACGAAGAUGCUCUGUUCAAUAUAAGCGAUAGUGUUUUAAAAGAUGUUACAAUGUAAAGAACUACAUAUGUAUGUAAAUUAUAUAUAUUUAUUAUAUUUUGUUAUUCAAAAGAUAUUACGUUUUUCUUUUUGAUUGCGUACUGUAAUCUCUACAAAGUGAAAUUUUGGAAUUAAAUUGAAGAUAAGAUGAAAGAA